AUGAUGGUGAACAGAAAACUCAGGCUCGCCUCGAAUUGAAAUUAAUUCAAAGCAAGAAAGAUAUUGAAUGUCCAAGUAUUACUGUCAAAGUAGAAACUGUUAAUAAUUAAUUAUGAGUGAGUAUGUCUUAGUAAUAAUGUUAGUCAGAAAGUAAUAGUUUUCAUAGUUGUGAUAUGUAUGACAAUAUUGUUUUAAUAAUGUCAUGUGUGGGUCUGAGGGACCAAGUGUGUGAUUUACCAAAGGCCUGAAGAAAUCUAAAAAUAUUUUUUCAUUGAGCUGCCUGUUUGACCUCUAAUUUCACAAAGCGGCCUCAGUCUACAAUUCCCUAGAAUUGUGACAAUUCCAUUCUUGUUAUAUGUUAACAUAACACAUACAGUACUUUGUAUAUCCUUACAAAGAAAUUCCUCUAAAUUUUUGAAAAUGAAUUAGUUGAUUAGGGGAAGAGAGGAAUCUCGCCUGUAAUACAUACAAUAAGUAUUAUUUCAGCUUAAUUGUGAUUUGAUAAUUAAUAUAAUAUUUCUUUGUACACAUGAGUGCAUCCUUUUUUUUUAAACUAAACUAAUCAGCUGAUUCUAAACCAUGAUUUCAUAAUUUCCCAUUUUUGGUCAGGAGAUAUUAAGUGAGAUCCUAUCCUAUGGCUUCUUGAAGAUAUCUUAGGAGAGUCAAAUGAAACCCACUAGAAUAUUCUUAUUAAAGGUUAUUGUAGAAUUGUGAGAUGUUUCACUGUUAGGAAAGUAGGAAGCAAAGCUAUUAAUGACUAAGUUUCUGGCUUGUAUUGUUAAAAUGUAGAAAAUAGUAUUAUUAAUAUGUUUACCUUUUGGAUGGGCACCAAAGAAAGUAGCAACAUUGCGUAUUUUAUUUGUAAUUUCUCAAAUGUUUGUUACAAUUGUUAUAUAUUAUAUUACAGUUUGAGUUAGAUCUCUUUUUGCCAGGGCAUGAUAUUGCAAUAAUAUAGUUUUCUCAGGGACCCAACCUGGUAUAAGUCCCAUUGAUGUACACAUGCAUGUGAAUAUAAUUUAUGUUCUGUAUGGAAGACUUCUGGAAUUUUUUUACGUACAAAAGAAAAUAAUUUCAUGAUGGUUAAAAACCUUAAGUUUGAACUUUAAAUUGUUGCAACUUUGUGGAAAAUAAUAGUUUCCAUUUAUUUGUUUCCUGAAUAGAUACUACCAAUAUAAUUGUUGAAAGACAAUCCCCUGUAUUAUCUAGUAUUUUCAAUGUGGAUGGAUUAUGUUCUUAAUUUUUUAUUCUAUUCAUUGUUCAUUCGAAAUUUUAUCUUUUAUUAAUACGUUAUAGCUUGUUAUUGCUAUCGAUAUUGAGCUUGAAUUACACUGCAUAACUUCCCUAAAUUGAAAGGGAAAUAUGAAACAGUUGAAUGAUGUUACAUGUUUUGUUACCGAGGGAAUCUUGAAAGGGAAUAAUAGGAGGGAAAUAUGAAAAGAUAAACCGAGUCAAGUUAACAUUAGUAAGUAAGUAAAUCUGAUUCAUUAAAAAUAGGUAAGAAAUAAAAUUAUGUUUUUGGGUGUAAACUGGUUCUUUAAUUGGCCCUUAGUUGAUGAAUUAUUAUAAUAUUCUGAUGUGAGUUCCUGUGUGUUUGGAAAUCUAUAAUACAGACCUACUGAAGUUAGUUAGCAUUUCAUAUCUACCAACAUACAAAGUAUAAAUGGAAUUUUUUCUAGGGCAUAGGAUAGUGACCAAAGUUGUUAAUUUAUUAUACGUUUUUAUUGUUUCUAUUUUAAAGUUUAAAUGCCAUCUAAUGUAGGUGGAGUAAAUGUUAUAAAUGUUAUUACAUGGGCUUCCAAUAAUGUUCUUUAUGAGAUGUUAUAGGUAAUGGAAGAUUUUUUUUUAUACAGGGUCAGAUUUGUAUAUUUCAUAUAUUUUCUUUUUAAACAUUCAUUAUUCUCUAAAGUAUAUUUUUCCAGAAUACUAUUGAAGAUUUUGUAAUCUCAUCAAUUUUAUUUAGAUGUGUAAUUAAAUGAAUGUUGAAAUGUCAGAAAAUAUAUUAGUAAUUUAUCCUUGUAGGAACAUUUUGAAUAUGUAGGUCAUUAAAAAGAAUUGUUUACAAUUGUAUUUUGUUAUUUUCAUAAUUGUUGAGAAAAAUCACUUCAGUAUUUGUUUCCUUUCUUGGAAUUUUUAACUUAAAAUACUAAUAUAUAUUCAAUUCAUAUUUUGGAUUUCAUGCAAAAUGGAUGUAGAAAUAGUAUAUUGUUGCUGUUUUGGGAAUAUGUGAAAUCAUGUAAUGUACCAUGAGUGUGCUUACAAUCCAUGUCCAUUGUUACAACCCGUAUCUACCCAUUUUAUGUAAUACAUGUUACUAAUAAUUUUGCAUUUGUAUAAACUUUCCAAAAUAAAAGUGAGAUCUACAACAAUAUAUCUUAAUUUAAGAAUAGUAUCUAGAAGGAAUAUAAAUAUGCUGUUGCUUAAUGUCAUUUUAAUAAUAUUCAUAAGAAUAGCUUUAACCCCUUUCUUCCCAAGCAUUGAAAUACCCACAUUUUUUUUAAACUUCUGACUGUGAUAUUAAUGAAUCAUCCCCAAAGAGUGUAAAUCUACGUUCCAAAUAUUUUUGUGAUUUUUGAUUUUGCCGGAAUGGAAUGUUGCGUUCAUGCAACGUUGGGAGUUCUCUGGUAAGAAUGAGUCAGGUCAACAUUCUAAAAAAUAUUUUAUUUUCUCAAUGUAAUAGACAAUAAAAGCCCUUGCAUAUAUUGAAAAUAAAUUUAUUCAUGAUAUAGUGAGAAACAGUUAUUAUGCAAACGAACUUGACACUUGCAAAUUUUACAUCUGCGACGUGCAUUAGAUACAUCACAAAUUAUUAC